AUGGAGACGGACGAUGAUCCAGAUCCCAAAAUGCCACCAUCAGGGACGCCGACGCAUCCCAUCGAGAUUUCCAGCAGAUCAUCUUUUCAUGGUUCGCCAUACAGAGGCCCUGAUAUCUGGGCCGAAAGGUGGAGCACAUAUAAGUGGGAGUAUACUCCCCCUCACCACAACUCACCGCCACAUCAGCGGGCCCCCUCAGAGGACCCACAUUUUCAGGCGGUCAUGCCACCGUCACCACCAGCACCAGAGCAGCCACCGCCUCCAGAACCAUCGAGGCGAAGAAGAACUGCACGGAUGUCCGUGCGUGGGGGUUUUCGUUUCAGCACCCCCCACCUCCACUACCCUCCGCUCUAUGAAGACCCUCAAAUGGGUGGGCCUUCAAAUGUUGUUUCUGAAGUCGACUCUGCACCAGUCGCACCUGCACCACCCAUGGGUUGUGAAAACCCAAUUCCAUCUUACCCAGAUGCAGCUGGGUAUAACCCGUUUGAGCAGCAAGCUUAUUCGGGUUAUAACUACAACAAUGCACCUGCCGUCGACCCAUACGUCGAUGCAGCAAACUUCAAUGCUCUCUACCCCUCGCCCUUUCCACCUGUGUACCCAAUUGGGUACCCUGCAUAUGGGUAUCAAUACCCACCACCUCCACAACCUCAGCAGCAGCAGCAGCCGCCGCAACCGCCACUUCAACAGCCUCAGCAGCAAGAUAUCCUCCAAAGGUUGCAUGAGGUGGAACAAAGGGUAGAACAAGAGCAAAGAAGUCGUCGGGGUCUUCUAAAGGGAUUGGCAAACCUCAUUAAGGGGAAAAAGAAGAGGGAUCAUUGGAGACCCUUAUUUAUUGUAUUGUAA